AUGAUAAAUAACAACUCUGCAGAUAGAAUAUCAAGUUUGAAACAACAUUGUUUCAACUUUUUGUUGAGACACCGUGAGAAUAUACCAAAGAAUGUAAAUACAAUCUAUGAGAUACCAGAGAUCAGAGAGCAAUUCGUUACACUUGCAAAACGUAAGAAUCUGGUGGACGAUCAAUUCUUCUCAGUGUUUGGCGAUGUCUUUAUAUUGACCGGUGCAAAUUCGAAUACAACCACUCCAUUCCUAUUGAAUCCACAGUUUCAUACUGCAUCUGCAACUCAACAACAACAGCAACAACAACAUAAUAUAACCUAUCAAAAUACUAGUAAUAAUAAUAACAAUGAUGGUGAUGUUGAAAUGACACCACCAUCAAAUGAUUAUCCAAUAAUAUCAUCAAAUAGCAACAACAUCAAUCAAUCAAAUGUAAAUAUAAAUAACUCAAUCUAUGAGAUUGAUUUAACUGGUCUAGGAAGAAUUACAGAUAUCUCAAUACAAUUCAUAACAAAGUAUAAUAAUCUACAACAUUUGAAUCUCUCGUUUUGCACGGGAAUCAGUAAUGACUUUAUAAAGAUAUUGGCUGCGAAUGAGAUGAUUCAGCUGCAAUCGCUGAAUCUCUACUAUACCAAUACGAACGACCAAUCGAUUCAGUCGAUUGUCAAUGCCUAUCCGAAUUUGAAGAGUCUUUCGAUUGCCGGCUGUCAAUCCGUUACGGAGGCCGGAAUCAAAUCGCUUGCCAAGUGCAGUAGUCUCACCUACCUCGAUAUCUCUCACAUUCGCAAGCUGUCUUCGUCCAUAACCAAACAACUGGCAUUCCCACAGUUGAUCUAUCUCAAUGCUUCUUGGCUUGGUCCAGACUCGAAAGAGGUGUCGUUCAGCAAGCAAAGCGUUUGGUGUCUCUCGACAUCUCGUACUGUCCGGCAUCCAUUACUUCGGUCGACUCCAAGUGUCUGA